GGCACUUGUCCAGACCCUAGGACUCACAAAGGGGGCGUCCGAUCGCGGUGGUCGACGGUAGCGUCGACGCCUCGUCCAUCCAUCCUUCUCGCUGUGGCGCUCUCGCUUACAAAAAGGAGAAAAUAGCUAGGGUUUUUGACAUUCGUUCAAAUCGUUCAAUUAGAAGACGAGAAGCAUGCCGAUUAAGAAUUUUAGGAAGAGAACCCUAGAACAUGAUCCCCGUCCUGAUGAUACCGAGGAAGACGAGGAGGAGCGCAGAUUGGUCUUGGAGGAGGUGAAGCUGCUCCAGAAGCAGCGGGAGAGGAAGCCUGGCAUCCCCGCGCUUCCUACCGUCCCCCAGCACUCCCCCACUGGCCCUGGCGGGGCCUUUCGCAGGUCCUCCUCCUCUAGCGGCGCCGCAGGCGUGGGCGACAAGGGCGACGGAGAUGGCGGCAAGGAGGACCUCGUCCUGCAGGACACCUUCGCCCAGGAGACAGCUGUCACUAUCGAGGAUCCCAACAUGUUGAAGUAUGUGGAGCAAGAAUUGGCAAAAAGGCGCGGCAAGAAGAUUGACUCCAGUGAGAAGGAGGAGAAGGACCCGAUGGACGAAUUGUAUGUUGUGCCUGAACAUCUUAAGGUGAAGAAGAGGAACUCGGAAGAAAGUUCUACUCAGUGGACCACAGGGAUUGCUGAAGUGCAACUACCCAUCGAAUACAAGCUACGGAAUAUUGAAGAGACUGAGGCUGCCAAAAAGCUGUUGCAAGAGAAGAGGUUUGUUGGUAAAACUAAAUCAGAAUUGAAUAUUCCUUCAAGUUACAGUGCAGAUUAUUUCCAACGCGGUCGAGAUUAUGCUGAAAAACUUCGGAGAGAGCAUCCAGAGUUGUACAAAAUCCGAGGUGCCCAAGUGAGCGAUAUGGGUGGGAAGUCAACAGAAAAUAAUAACUCGGAUGUUGCAGGACGGAGGCAAGCUGCCACGGAUGAGUUCAUGCUUGAGCGCUUUCGCAAACGAGAAAGAAAUCGUGUUAUGCGCAGAUAGUACUAGAUGUAAAGAAGCUGCAAAGGGAGCUUUCUUCACCAAUGGAGAAAUUCUGCAUCAGGAGAGCAAGAUUUGUGAUGAAACAAAAUUAAAACUGGCCUUCUUCUUGAACUCAGGUGUUGUAUGGACAAGUUUGUCAGGGAAACAUGGCUAGCAGACUCCUUUGCAGGGAAAUUAGAUGCGAGCAAUGGUGCUGGUGCUUUUGAUGAGGGUGUUGGUUGUGCAUUGCUUAAGGUAAGUUUAACAUGUGUUGGCUGAACGAGUGUGGAACUCCUACUUGGAAGAUACUCAAAAUACCACUACCAGCAAGGUGUGAUGAUGUAUAAAAACCCGGAGUUAUUGCUGUAUGUUUCUGAAACUGAAUGAAAAUUACUGCAAUCAAUAACUUGUCGGGUAGGAAACAUUAGAUUUCA